AUGCCGAUGCAGUAUCCAACGACUAAGAUGACAAGCGAAGACGGACAGCAAGCACGUGGAGCUCAAGAUGCCUACAACUACUACCUUGCUGUUGGAGACGCCGCUGUGCACAAAAGCUUCAGCAGUCUUGACAACCCUUCUAAUCUCGAACAGCUCAUGGGUGACGUGCAGCACCACGCCUCGGAGAACUUUGUCGUGGACUUUAGCGACAACGCUGCAUGGGCUGGAUUCAAUCUAUCGACUGAUUCUCUGCAGUCCUUGUUCGAAUUGGGAAGGCCAGAAGCACUGAGCACACGUUGGAUCAACAUUUGGCACCCUUUCCAGCAUCGGUCUAUACUUAGCCUGCUGGGUAAACGAUAUGACUUCUCCCCUCGACUGUUUGCGCUGAUGUCCUCAGACCCCAAGCUACCCAGGUUGUCAGCCUCUCGCAGCACGAUGUCUCCGCCGGCCAGGCGACAUUACUGGAGCAGUCGCUCGAGCACUGCUGAAGACAAAGAGGCCGAAGCUGCUGAGCUGGAUGAGAUAUCUGAACACAUGUCCGUCUCAAGUGUAGACUCUGUCACACAUGGAAACCUAUACAAGAUCGCCGAUAGCAUAUGGCAUUACUCUUCCGUUGAUUUUGGUCGACAGUACGUUUGCGUCGGGUUCAACUCGUUGUAUGGAACUAAGCAACCCCACUGCGAGGACGAAGUUGACUCCAAGAGCUAUCUGCCUCAAUGCACAAGAGUAUGGACUUGGCUGAUACUGUGCGAAGACAACACCGUCGUCUCCAUCAACGAGGAUCCCUUCCCUUUCACCUGUCCGGAUGGGAACUACAGCACCUUUCAGCUUCGAAUCCUCGCCGAGACUCGUCGGAACCUGGUCAACGUCUUCCGGUCGCUUUCCACAAUUCAUAAUGACCCUCUCCUGGCACACAACCCACUAACGUUACUACCCAUCCGCACGCGACUAGGCAACACACCCGAGGAGACAGCUCAUCGUGACUCCGACGCUCCGGGACUACUGUUCUAUUAUCUCUUUGAGAACUGGCAUAAUAGCUAUACCCUAGUAUCCCGCAAAGAGAGUCGCUACGGCGUAGAGCUGAGCCAACUCCGAAGUGAGAUGUUCCAACGGCCUAAGCUAGUCCAUAUUGACCGCUUGGACAAGAUCGGGAAGGAGCUUGGUGUUCUGAAGAAGCAUUAUUCCAGCUACGACAGAAUUAUUGAUCGAUUGUUGGAACCUCAAACGGCGUCCGCAGCUUCUCUGCAUAAUUCGCAGGUAGUGACUUCGUCGUCGCAGGCAUCGUUGGAUACAGUCCGACCAAUCGUAACGGAGAAGGACAGUCUGAUGGGAGUGAGUUUGAGCAGUGCUGCGAGAGUCAGGUUCAAGCGGCUGAGGGACGUGAUUGAUCUGUACGCUCUAUCGGAGGUGGAGGAGUACAUUAAGCAGAAGGAGUCGCUUGUUGCUAUGAACUUCAACCUCAUUGCCAUCAAGCAAUCCGUGGACGUCGACCGCCUGACGAGGGUCACCUUACUGCUCACCAAAGCAACAAUCUUGUUCUUACCGGUCAGCCUCAUGACUGGAUACUUCAGUAUGCAACUGGUGGGCGUGGAGUACUCUGUUCAGACAUACUGGCUUAGUUUUGUUAUUUGCUUUUUUCUGAGCUGGCUUGCUCUGUUCCUUUUUGGUCUGUUCAAUGGAACCGUACAGACAGUCGAGGUGAUCAAACAGAUGUGGCGCGGUAUGAAAAGGGUUGGAAAAACCGUUGGCGGA